AUGGCCCUUUUCAAGGUGAUUUUGACGGCAUUUGCUGCCUUAUCAGCUGUCGAUGCUGCAAGGCUUCUUAGCUCCCCGAAUGAUAAGGAUGUUGUCCCAAACUCCUACCUUGUGGUUAUGAAAGACUCUGUCACAUCUGCUGAAUUUGAUUCCCAUGUGACGUGGGCUACCGACCUUCACGGUGAGAGUGUUAGCAGGCGAGGUGCUGACGGCCUAAACGGUUUCAAAUAUUCAUACAAGAUCAACGGAUGGCAUGCGUACAGCGGAUCUUUCCAUCAGGAAACUCUUGAUGAGAUCCUUAAUAACGACAAGGUCGACUUCGUUGAGCAUGAUCGCUAUGUUUACAUCAGCGGUUUUGUCACCCAAAAGGAUGCACCGUCCUGGGGACUUGGAAGAGUCUCUCAUCGCCAUAACGGCACCCGUGAUUAUGUGUACGAUGAAAGGGCAGGAAAGGGUAUCACUUUCUAUGGAGUUGACACCGGGAUUGAUAUCCACCACCCCGACUUCGGUGGCCGUGCCGUCUGGGGUACCAAUGUUGUCAACGGUACUAAAGACAAUGAUCGCCAGGGCCAUGGAACGCACACCGCAGCCACUGCUACCGGAACUAAAUACGGUCUUGCUAAGAAUGCAAACGUAGUUGCUGUGAAGGCUCUUAAUGACUAUGGUGCUGGGCUAUGGAGUAACAUCAUGAAAGCUCUCGAGUGGUGUGUUGAAGACGCCACCAAGAAGAAUAUCAUCGGAAAGGCUGUCUUGAAUUUGUCUAUCAGUGGUGGAAAAGUGGUAGCAGCCAACCAGGCAGUCACUAAGACCGCAAAGGCCGGAAUAUUUGUUUCCGUCGCAGCUGGUAAUGACAACCAAGAUGCUACCAACAAGAGUCCCGCUUCCGCUGAAGGGGUGUGCUGUGCUGCCGCUACCACCAUCAGGGACGAUAAGGCAAAGUUCUCUAACUACGGAUCAGUUGUGAAAAUUUAUGCUCCCGGCCAAGGAAUCACCUCCGCUACCCCUAACAACUCCACCGGGGUCAUGUCGGGAACCUCCAUGGCUGCUCCACAUGUUGGCGGUGUUGGUGCUACACUCAUGGCUUCCAAGGGCAUUGCUCCGGCUGAUCUCUGUGCGGAGCUUAUCAAGGUGGCUUCUGGUCCCGUGCAGAACCCAGGUAGCAGCACCACCAACAAGCUUCUCUACAACGGCAGCGGUCAGUAG